CCCAUCCUCCGCGUUACCCCAAACCCCAACCCCCGAAACACGCUCUCGACCUCCCGAAAGACCAAACACCUCUUCUUACACUCUCAACCCACUCCUCCGAGAAGGAGCGGGGAAAGCGCCGGAAGAAGCAGAGGUUUUUCGAGAAGGAGAGCACGCGGGGAUCGGGUGGGGAGGUUGGGAGUCUGCAUAAAAGGAAAGAGGUAUCCAGGAAGAGCAUGAGCUCGUCCGGGACCGGAAGAACCCGGGUGGAUUCGACAGGGGGUCAUUCGGCACUUCCUAUUGUUUAUGGUUUGAAAGCCUCAUCAUUGUUAUUUUGUUGGUUUGUGUUGGUUUGGUUAUUUUGUCGGGCUUUUCGAGGGAGGACUGGACGUGAGACGAGCUUGCCUUGUCUCGAAAUCUUUGCCCGAGAAAAGAUUGACGAGACGGGGCCAGGGCAUACAGACGGUGUACUCACAAUUCUUCUGACAAGAUAUUGAGUGGAUCUGGUGAUGUAUGGCGUGUAGCCGAUGUAUGAAGAAAA